CAUUUCGAAUCGAAUAUCCGUUUGGGAAUUAAGCUGAGAUGUAGUUUUUUGGCGGCGAUACUGUCAUCAUCUUUUUUGGCUGGAAACUUGUAUUCUCCUAUAUCUGUUUUGCGUGUGAUGUCAAGAGGCUCGUAGCCGUAGAUUUCAAAUGAAUAAAGCAUUAAUACAUUUUUAUUUCGCGCGCUGGGUGAGUCGAAAUUUUGACGUUCGUGAAGCCGAGUUUUCGCUUGAAAUUUUGGAAAGCCCAUGUAUUGUAAUGGCCGGAGCACUUCACUUUUGUACAUAAACUUAAAUUUAAUGUUCUAUCGGCAAAGAGAACAGUUUGUGUUCGAUAUUUUGAAAAUGCAGUCUCAUUUAAGCUUCUGAAUACAUUUCUUCUGCCAUGUCUUGAAUUCGUUUACUUUUGCACGUAUGCGAAUUACAUAUUCAUAUUAAAAAUACGGGGACCCUCAAAUAUGGAAACAGAGGAGAGACAAGAGCCACCUCCACCCCAACCAGUAGUUAAACAAGAAGUUGAUGAAACUGCGGUUGAAAACAGUGAACAACAUGUGGAGAGAGCAGAGAACGAAGUGAGUGAGGAUGCUGCUCCAAGCCCCACAACAGGGGAUGAACCGCCAAAUAACCCUUGGAACUUUGUUAAAUGUAUAUUUUGCCAACAUACACUUGCUGCUGGGGACAAUCCAAAACUGUUGGAGUGUCUGCACACUGCUUGUACUCCUUGUGUGUCAUCUAAAUUGGCUGAGCAAAAUCAGCUGGAUGGAGAAGUUGUUGAAAACAAUGUAAUCAUAUGUACAGUUUGCCGAGUACACUGUCGUUCAAAGAAUAUAAUUGAAAACCAGUUUCUGCUUGAAGUUGGUAGUGAGGCAGAGAGUGUGCAGAAUGAACCGAAGACAAAUGACCUAAAGUGUACAAGCUGUCAAGUUGAGAAUGCUGUUGCUACCAGUUGGUGUGUUGAUUGUGCAGAAUACAUUUGUGACGGUUGUGUUCAAGCACAUCAAAGGCUUAAAAUUACAAAGGAACAUACAAUAAAACCAAAAGAGGAGGCAGAACAAGAAAACCAUGCUUCUGCAAGUAAUAGUGUGCCCAAGAAUCUUUAUUGCUCCGUUCAUCGGCAGGAAAGUCUUUCCCUCUUUUGUGAAACCUGCGAUAAGCUUACAUGUCGGGACUGUCAGCUUACUGACCACCGUGACCAUAAGUACAAAUUUAUCCAUGAGAUAGCAGAGGAAACAAAGAAUAUGAUAAGUGGGCUUUUAUCGGAAGUAAGCUAUAAACGAGUUCUCCUCACAAGUGCCAUGAAGGUCAUUGAUGAUCGACAGUCUCUUAUUGUAGAAAAGAAGAAGGCACUGAAUGAAAUUAAAUUCAUGUUUAUGAAGUUGACUAAUGCAAUCAAUACCAGAGGAAAGCAGCUGGUUCUCCAGCUCAAUGAAGUCUGUGAUGCCAAACAGAGAACUCUGAAAGAGAAGAAAGUUGCUUUAGAGCAGUUAUCCAAUCUUACUGAUCAUUGUAUUGAUUUCGUUAACAGUGCACUGAACAAAGGCAGUGACAUGGCUUUACUUUACAGCAAAAGGACUGUUACACACCACCUUCAGAGGAUCAAGAGUAGAAGAGCUGAUAUUCCAAAUCCUGAAAUACCAGUCAGAAUUUCAGUAGCUAUGGACAAAUUGAACGAUCUCAUUAAAGUUGUGUCAAAUAUUGGUGGUAUUGUUGUCGAUGGCCGCGUAUACACAUCUCCUGGUGUUGCCAUAGCCUCAGGUCACCCACCUCCACCAUAUCCUCAUCAUCAACAACAACAGCCUCAACAACAACAACAGCAGCAGCAGCAGCAGCAGCAACAACAACAACAACAGCAGCAGCAGCAGCAGCAGCAACGCAGUUCUCACUCUCAUCCCCACCAUUCUGGGGCACAAAUUCCUGGUCUUGUCCUGCAGCAGGGACAAGGAACUCCCUCCUUACAGCCAAACAGGGUAUCGCCACAUCUUCAGCAACAACCAAACAGCCGGGCUUCUCCGCACCAACAGUCACCUCACCAGCAGUCCACUCAUCAGCCACAACAACAGCACCAGUUGCAGACGCCUUCUGCCAGCUGUUUGGUCGGUGUUCAGGUAUCCCGUAACUUGAAUAUACUCCGGCAUGGAAAUCCUGGUUCUGUGCAGCAACAGCAACCACAGCAGAUUCAACAAUUAGGCAUGCUGCAUCAUCAACAGGUGACUUCUUCCACUCAUCCACAAACCAUUGGAGCCGAUGGAAUGAAUACAAACCUUCGUGGACUUCUUUCUCACCACAACAACCCUCACGGCAUGUACAACACUGCAAGUGGUCAAGUCAUCCGUGUUAGUCUUUCUGGCCAGCCCCAGCAAAUGAACAAUGUUGUGGCAUACCGGUCACCCUCAGGAGUGCAGCAGUAUCCCAUUGGCCUAGGUCCAUCCUCCAUGUCCCGCUAUUCAAACCCUCAUCCUAGCCAGCACACCAUUCAGCACCCAAAUCAACAUUCAGUAAAUUCACAUCAGCAACAGUUAUUCCAACUCCAGCAGCAGCAACAGGCAAGAAUAUCACCUCAUGCUGUAAUGUUCAGCAACCCUGGCAUGAGGCCUGUCCUUCAUGCCAGGGUACAAAGCCCUCACAGUUCAAACCAGCUACCUCAGCAACUGCCACCACCUAUGCAUCAAGGAGGAGGCGUGCAGUGGCACAUCCCUCAGCAGUCAGGUGGUAUGGUAAAUGGAACAGGCAUACUACUUAACACUUCCUCACAACAUCAUGGUUCAUCCCGUCCCCCACCCCAAGCACUUCCUUUGGAUGAGUCUUUUAAGAUAACUCUUAAACAAGUACCACAGCAACAGCAACAGUCAGUGCAGAGGGCAGCACCAGCUCCUGCUCCUGCAACCAGCAUGGCUGGAGAUGCUUUAAUUAAAAUGCCUGGUGGACAUGUGACCUCAUCUGUACCCAAAACUCCAAGUCCAAGCCAAGCGAGAGUUGAGGACCCAGAAAAGAGUCUUGAUAAAUUUUGUCAGGAAUCUGUUAAUGAUCUGAUGGCAACCAUAGCGAAGUUGGAUCGUAAUGGAAUUGAAGUGGUUCCAGAAGGCCAGAAAACCUUGGGGGCUGGUGAUUCACCUUUAGUGGACAGUUCAACAGGGCUUGAUGAGAGCCCUGGUCCUUCCCACUUGUCUCUGCCACAUCCUGGUUCAAUGCUUAUAGAUGAACACGCCAAGAAUGGAGGGGAGACACAGAAAGAUGAUCCCAAUGAGGACUGGUGUGCAGUUUGCAUGGAUGGGGGAGAGUUGGUAUGCUGUGACAAGUGUCCAAAAGUGUUUCAUACAUACUGCCACAUUCCAAAACUCAAAGCCAUUCCAGAGGAAAGUGAAACGUGGCAGUGUCUGCUGUGUACCAACCUUAAGGAAAUAAUUGAUGCUCCUCCCAGCCCAGCGGCAGAACGGAGGGGUCGAGGUUUGAGCAGCCGUGACCAGAAGCUGGCGGAGAGAAUUGUCCUAGAAUUAUACUGCCAAUAUGAACCAAGUCUGCACUUCAGGGAGACCGUUGGACCCGAGGUGACAGAAUACCAUGAGAAGAUAAAGAAACCAAUGUCAUUGGACAUGGUCCGAAGGAAAUUGGAUGUUAACGAUUACAUCAGUUUGCAGGAACUUGUUAGUGAUAUCCGUCUCAUUUUCAAGAAUGCAUAUGUUUUUAAUCUGAAAGAUAGUCAGAUAUAUCAAGAUGCGAGAACACUUGAAGAAUUCUUUGAUCAUCUGUUGGAGAAGUGGCUGCCAACAUAUGCAUAUGACUCUACAUUGCCUUCGGAUGAUGAGACUGACUUACCUCCCCAGAAGAAAUAUCGUCGAAUCAUGUCUGAAUGACAUGAACUGUAUGCUCCCAGUGGUAGUGGAAUGGGAACGUUGCAACAUACUGAAGAUGUCACUCCCAGUGAUAAACAAAACUGCAUGUGUGGGCAAUAAACAUAAAUGACACUGUAGUUAACUAUAGCUGGUGUUUCUGAACAGUAGGUGGAUAGAACCUUGGGAAUCUAUGCAAAUAAUAAAUUAAAUAGGAAUUCCUUUA